AUGCCCACUGCAACCGGUACCGGUAAUGAACAUGUUAGCCUUGGCUACCCCAAGCUUCGUCUGUGGGACUUGAAUGAGACUUCUAGCCAUCACGAUCAUCUGAUCGCGGCUCCCAGUGAUGAACAGCUGGUUUCCAUGUGGCUUGGGAAUGGAGUUGUAUUUUCCAUCUUCCUAGUUUUCAACCUUUUGGUAUUUCUGGCCAUUUUGCUGACCAAGGAAACCAGGACCAAUGGUUUCAACCAGUAUCUGUUGGCCAUUAUGCUUCCUGACAUAAUAUGCAAUGGAUACUGUGCCCUUCAAUCCAAUAUUCUGGCUGCAACGGGAAGCUAUUAUGGUCAUUGGUGCAAAACUCAGCUCUUUGUUGUUGUUUUCUUUGCCAUCAGCAACUUUUACCUAAAUGCUGUUGUAGCUCAAGAACUCAAAAUACUUCUGCAGGCAUCAAUGAGGAGACAGAGGUACUUUCCACCCUCUCAAAAGAGAAUAUGUUUAUUGGUCACUGCUUCGUACCUUUGGGCAUGUCUGGUGGCUACCAUCAGUUUAUUCAUUGUACAAACAGAUGCUCUCCAAGGGGUUGUUUGUGUUCCAAUGGUGGGAGAAGACACACACUCAAAAUUGGCAUACUUCCUGUUCCUCGUUCCUCUCUUGUUCAUCCCCAUUCUCCAUGUAUGCUAUGUGGCUCUACAUAUUGCUAGAGGUGGACUCCUUCCCGACAAUGGAAGGACUCGGGAAAUUGCCAUCUUCUUUGCCAGAAUAUUCCUCGUUAUGGAACUCAUGUGGGCACCCACAAUCAUCUGCUUCAUGGUGGGAGCCAAAAACAUUUGGGUCUACUAUUUUACUGUAAUUUGGAGCCAUGCGACCGGGCUUGUCACGUCGAUCUUUAGUCUAUUGAAAUCUGAUAUCCGACACGCAACACUGGAUUUUAUAUGCUGUCAAACCAAACAAGCCAAUGAAGAAUUCGACAGUUCCAUGAAUGGCACCACACGAAGCCGCAGCAGUCUCGACAAAUUCCGCAAUGAUCGAAGGCGUUCGUCAUUAUUCUGGAGGGCAUUGUCGAUCUUUGGCUCUUCUCAGAGACCCAGCAGUGAUGAUUUGGUGGUGGCAGUCCAAGAUCCCAAUGAGUUUCAAUCUGGAGCUUUCUCUGGAAUACAAAAUUUUCCUGAAGAUCCUACAGUGGAAGAUGGGGCUGUGCUACAUGCUGACAAGGAUGAUAGUGAGGUCGCGAAACAGGUCAAUUAUGAGGAAACGGGAUCUGGGGAAUGCAAACCAACUUUUUAA